UUUGCUAGUCGUCUGAAGGCUUAAACUUGCAUCUGCAGGAAGGAGACAAAGUUCUAUAACGUCACCAAGGAGAUCCAAUCACUAAAGCAUCGAAUCAUGGAUAUCUCUCACAAACGAGAGACUUAUGGUAUUAGAGAUAUGAAUAAUGCAGGAGAAAGGCCAAGUAAUCGCCCAAACAAUCAGUAUGACAUGGUUAGAACAUUGAGGAGAACUACCUCAUAUGUAGAUGAGGAUCACAUUUUUGUUGGCUUUCAGGAUGUUGUACAAACAUUGCUAACUGAACUUCUCAAACCAGAGCCUCACAGAAGAGUCAUCUCCAUUUAUGGUAUGGGAGGAUUAGGCAAGACAACUCUUGCGAGAAACCUAUACAUCAGUCCUAAUAUUGCCUCUAGCUUCCCUACACGUGCUUGGAUAUGUGUUUCUCAAGAGUACAACACCAUGGAUCUCCUUUGGAAUAUCAUAAAAUCCAUCCAAGGUUGCACCAAGGAAACUCUAGAUUUGUUGGAAAAGAUGACAGAGAGAGAUCUAGAAAUUUACCUUCGUGAUCUUUUAAAAGAACCCAAAUACCAUGUGGUGGUCGAUGAUUUAUGGCAUAGAGAAGCAUGGGAAAGUUUUGAAAUGAGCAUUUCCAGAUAGCAAGAACGGCAGCAGAGUUAUUAUUACCACACGCAAAGAGGAUGUCGCUGAAAGAGCAGAUAACAAAGGUUUUGUCUAUAGACUUCGUUUCCUGAGCCAAGAAGAAAGUUGGGAUCUCUUUUGUAGGAAACUACUAGAUGUUCAGGCAAAGGUCUCAGCAAUGGAAAGGCUAGCAAAGGAAAUGGUGGACAAGUGUGGAGGUUUACCUCUUGCAGUUGUUGUAUUAAGCGGACUACUUUCACAUAA